AUGCCGUUCUCUGAAACCGAUAUUGCUUUCUUCUUAUCAAAGGUAAGAAGGCCUUUUCUACUUCGACGGGACACCCCUGACAUACAUGUAGAUGAUGGAGGAAACGAGACUCAUGGACAACGAAGGAUCGUUCUCAGCCCACUUCCAUCCAGUGACCCUAACGAGCCAUUGAAUUGGAGCACUGCACGAAAGACAUGCAAUUUCACGCUCGUAUUAGCAGUAACAUGUCUUAUUUUCACGGCGCUCUCCAUCCAACAGAUAUUCUGGCAGUUGAUGGUGGUCGACUUGAACGUUACUUACGCACAGCUAAACAAUGCGAUGUCGGUGAACUUCGUUGGACUCGCAAUGGGAUGUGUAUUUUUCAUUCCAUUCGCGAAGAAGUUUGGCCGGAGACCAGUGUAUCUAAUCUCAACGGCACUGAUGCUGGUCACCUCCUUUUGGGCGGCGGAGAUCAAAACCCUCGCAGAGCUAUAUAUCACCAACCUCUUACAGGGACUCGCUGGGGCAACGAACGAGGCUAUUGUUCAGAUCACCAUUGCAGACCUCUUCUUCGUGCAUCACCGUGGCGGAAUGAAUGCGUUGUACAUGACCAUGAUGAUGAUUGGAAGCUUUCUCACCCCCAUGGCUGCCGGGGCUCAGGCAACAAGACAGGGUUGGCGAUGGUCCUACCGUACAAUGGGUAUUUUCAAUGCAGUUAUCUUUGUCCUUUUCGUCGUCUUUUACGAGGAGUCGAAGUAUACCCCUACCAUUGAAGGAGUAACGCCCACCGCUAGGCCUACGGAUGGCGUGCAGCAAAUUCCUGGUGAUGAGUCUGGCAACAAGUCACUUGUCAAGGGUGCCACCAGAACUGAGGAGCAUAGCAUCAGUGGACCUCCAUUAGAUCACAUUUUCCCUAUGAAGACAUGGGCACAGAGACUGUCCCUGGUAACCUACACACCGGAACCCAUCUGGCCAUACUUCUAUCGCCCCUUCGAGAUCCUUUUCACAUUUCCUGCCGUCCUCUGCUGUGGUCUGCAGUAUGCAUGCGGGGUGAUAUGGCUUACAAUUCUUUCAAGUGUGAUCGCUCUAGUAUUCCCCCUUCCCCCAUAUGAGUUCACUCCUGAGCAAAUUGGUUACAUGAGUGUUGGUCCAUUUAUCGGUAACUUGAUCGGCUCGUUUUACGGCGGCUUCCUUGGAGACUGGUCGAUUAAGUACUUUUCUCGACGGAAUUCCGGAUACUACGAGCCCGAGAUGCGUCUGUACAUUCUACACCUCCCGGCAGUGGCCUUGUGCGGCGGUCUCAUUAUGUUUGGAGUAACCAUUGACAGGGGUAUGCACUGGAUUUUACCCAGUAUCGCUGGAGCCCUCUUUGGCUUCGGGCUCGGCAGUAUCAGCGACGCAUGUCUGACUCUAGUUAUCGAUAGCUACAUGGAGAUCACGGGUGAUGCGUUCACGGGCGUGGCCUUCCUAAGAAAUGCUUUUAGUAUUGGCAUACCAUUCGCCAUCAGUCCUUGGAUGGAGCAUAGCGGCUUGACGAAGAUGUUCGUCGCCUGUGGGUUUAUCAGCUUGGGAGUCACCUUGACAUUAUUGGGCAUGGUCAUGUACGGAAAGCGCAUUCGACGCGCGACGGCGAAACGAUAUCAUCAGAUGGCUAGCAAAAGUGGAUGA